ACAAUUAAUUCACUAAAUUAAUCACAGUGUUGCAACCAGAGAUUGAACUUGGCUGACGCAAUUCGAUUGUAAAUAAUUGUUUUUAAAUGUUUAUUUUUAAAUCUGUCGAAACCUGACCCCGUGGGGUCGCAAAAAGGCAUUAAAAACCCCAGGUAUGUGCAGCCUCGACAUUUCAUUCAGAGAGAUAUUCGGGCCAGAUCACUCGCCGGAGAAAAUGCCUGCAUUGUUGGACAGGUUCCAGCCCGUCAAUAAAAUAUUGAACGUGUUCAUUGUCCUCAUUGGAGUUCCUGUGAAUUUAGCAGCGAUUGUGAUCCUGUCCCGGGGAAAGUGCGGCCUCUCUACCUGCACCACUCGCUACCUGGUGGCCAUGGCAGCGGGGGAUCUGCUGACCGUAGUCAUAGAGGUUCUUUUGCGUCUUGUCGUAAAUCAUUACUUUCCGUGGAAUUUUCUCCAUGUUACCCCUGUGUGCAGGGUUACGGAGGUACUGAGAAUCGCAGCCGCAGACUGUUCUGUCUGGUUCACCGUCACCUUCACUUUUGAUCGGUUUGUCGCCAUCUGCUGUCAGAAGCUGAAAACAAAAUAUUGCACCGGGAAAACUGCGGCUGUGGUUCUCACAACAACCGGCGUGCUGUCCUUUCUGAGAAGCGUUCCCCGCUACUUCCUCUGGGAACCCGGACGGAUAAUCAACAAUGUGCCGUGGUUCUGUAGACUCACGGCCAAUACCUUCACUGACCUCGGGUGGGUUGUAUACGAUUGGCUCGGCAUCGUUUUAAAUCCGUUCAUCCCUUUCGUGGUGAUUCCACUGCUCAAUGCUCUGACGGUCAGGCACAUUGUUGUGGCCAGUCGUGUCCGGAAGGGGCUGAGGGGUCAGAGCAAGGGGGAGAACAGCAGAGACCCCGAGAUGGAGAGCCGGAGGAGAUCUGUGGUUUUACUCUUCACCCUCUCCGGCAGCUUCAUCCUCUUGUGGAUGACGUGGGUGUUAAAUUUCCUGUAUUAUGAGAUCAAAGGAAUUAGAUUCGUGUAUUUCAAUGACUCUGAAUGGAUCUUUCACCGCGUCGGAGUCUUGCUGAAGAAUUUCAGCUGCUGUACGAACACAUUUAUUUACGCGGUCACUCAGUCGAAAUUCCGGGAACAGGUGAUCAGCGCGGUGAAAUAUCCGGUCACCUCGGUGAUGCAGUUCAUUACUCAGGCCGCGCACUGA